GGGGUUAUUCUCUUUCAGUCUCCUCCCAUUAGUCUACUCUCCACUGUCCAGUCUUUCCGAUCAGGCGAUUAAGUUCCGGCGGCAACUGGAGACACCUAAAUGAAAAGAACCCGAAAGAAGGAAUCCAUUUUAAUGGCGUCUGAAGGAGCAUCCACUGUCGAUCUUACAGUGGCGUCUUCCGAAACAUCCAUUGACGAUCUUCCUGAGGAUAUCCUUAUUCACAUUCUUUCCUUCCUCCCAACCAUCGCCGCCGUCAGAACCACCGCUGUCGCACGAAGGUGGCAAAACCUCUGGCAUUUGGUCCCCAUCCUCAAUUUCGACGUUUCAGAGUUUCAUGCCCGUAUUCCAGAGAUAUCUACCCGGGAUGCUCGCCAUCUGUUUGCUGUAUUUAUCGGCCAGACGCUCAUACACCGGCCCCACCACGUUCCUAUUGGCAAAUUGAAGUUAUUCUCCAAUUACAGGAAUGAUGAGGCAAUUAGGUUGUGCGUGGAUGGCUGGCUUAUGUAUGCCAUCCUUUGCGAAGCAACUGAGCUUAAACUCGAAUUUGAUUGGGAUCAAGGUGAAAAUGAAGAACAUGUCGGGUUAUGCCUUUCAUUUUUCUAAGCUUAUAAAUAGCUCAGUCGAGGUUUUAAGACUGCAUUGCAUCGAAAUCAGUUUCGCUGAAGAGACAUUUUCUAUGAAGAUUCAUUCUCUCAGGGAAUUACAUCUUGUGGACUCUUUUGCGCUGGAUGAACAAAUUAAAAAUAUGAUGGCAUUUUGUGUUAAUCUUGAAAUAUUGUCUAUUCUGGAUAUUCGGGGCUUGCACAAUUUGCGUAUAGUGUCAAACAAACUCAAGCACUUCAAGUUAUCUUACUUCGGGUUCGUCGAAGGAGAUUCACUUCAACUAUGUGCUCCAAGUUUGGAAUCAGUGACGUUUGAUAAUGUUUUCGGGAGGAAGUAUGCUUUGAAAGAUAGUUCGUGUUUGGUUGAAGCUCAUUUGGAUUUCGGUUCCAGAGGUUGGGAGGAGUUUGUGUGCUGGACUUAUCUAGUAAGAUUUCUAAGUAGUGUCAAGCGUUUAUGCAUCCAAAAUAUGUGGAAUUGGUUUCCAGAUUAUGUAGAUAUCAAAAGGCAACCUGAAGAUUGUAGCUUCGAGCAACCAAUGACCAGUGAAGAAGGGCGUCAUGGAAAGAUUGGAGAGGAGGUUUUCUCGAGAAGGUUUGGAUUUGGCAAUCUCAAACAUUUAGAGCUGCUAUUUGGGUACUCAAAAGAUGAUCUUCUUGGCCUGGAAAUUUUACUUCAGAAUUGUCCACAGCUUGAGACGAUGGUCCUUGUGAACUCUUAUCCGUCACAUUGUGAUGGAGGCCUGCAAAAACUGUGAUAAGGUUAGGUCGAUUGUUUUCCAGAUGCCCAGACUCAGGGUAGUUAAGAUGAGCAAGUACAGGUUCUUGUUCUUUGAUUGGUAAGCCUUUUGAAAAAACACGGAGUAGUCCUUGAAAAUAUUGUUGCAUUUCCGGGAGAAGUAUAUAUAGAUCAUCAUCAGUUCUUGUUCUUUGAUUGACAGCCAGAGAAACAAGAAACCUCGUUGCAAAUUUGCUUCAGAAUGUUAAUGAGUGUAGGUUCUGGACUUUAUCAUUGCCUUUCUGUUGAUGCAUAUGUCUGCAAGGGAAGUUGCAAUAUGGUUUUCCAAAAUCAGAUCAGACAAGGGUUAAAAUUUGUUAUGAGAUCUUUAUGAUUUUUCUAAUGAUAUUGCCAGAGCACAAAUAAAAUAGCUGCUAAUGCAUUAUCUUCUAUUACUAUUCCCGCAUUUUGGGCCAAAAAAUAAAAUAAAAAACAACUAGCACAAAAUCAAUCAGCCCUCUCAAAGAAUAAAAACAACCAUUAUAUGAUGUUUUCCAUUUUGAGAGUCCAUCCCUAACACAUAAUACGGACAAUAUGUAAAAGAAGGGUGUUAGUUUUUGAAGUCACCAUCUUUACUACUUAAAGUUACCAUAAAUUUUUUUGGACCAUUUUGCCCCUCACAUUUCAAACUUCCACUUAAGGAAAAAAGAGAGAAAACUUGAAGCCACCACCCUUCUAAACCCCAU